CUCUGCAAAAUCUCACCUUGGACACUCCUUCUCUUCCCCUGCUCCGAGGCGUCCGUCAGUUCCGCGUCCCACCAAGAGCAGCUCUCCCAUGGCGGAAGAAGUAGCGAGCAAGAGGGUUAAGACGGAGAAGGACCAUGGAGUGGGACCAGACGGGGCGGCGGCGGCGGAAGGGGGCAGGUCGGAUGGCGAGAUAUUCGUGAAGAUACAGUCCGAGCUCCUCGGCUGCAGGAUCUGCCUCGAGCCCCUCAAGCCACCCAUCUUCAAGUGCGAGGCUGGACAUGUUUUGUGUUCUGUGUGCAUGGAAAAGCUCCGCGAGGUUGGGUCUGUUUUAGGAUUGGGCAUUUUUUGUGAUGUGUGUCGUAAAAAUACUAGCUACUGCCGUUGCAUCGAACUCGAGCAAGUCAUCGACGCCAUCAAAGUGCCAUGCUCAAACCAGACAUAUGGCUGCAAUGAGUCCAUCAUCUACCAUGAGAAAGAGAAGCAUGAAACUGAAUGUACACAUGCUCCAUGCUACUGCCCAGAGAAUGACUGUGAUUUCAGAGGGGGAACAUGUUGUCUUCUGGACCACUUCGUCACAGCGCACGGCUGGUCACUGACCAACUUCAGCUACAACAAACCACUGAAGAUAUCCGUUGCUCGUGACCUCCGGUUCACGCUCCUCGUCGGGGAAGACCAAACCAUGUUCCUCCUGACCAAUACUCUGACGGAAAUCGGCAGCGCUAUCACCAUGGUCUGCGUCCGGCCUCAUGAAUCUGAACCGAGCUAUUCAUGCAACAUAUCGGCCGCUCAGGUUGUUGCUGGUGGAAAAGCCGAAGGGAGGCUUGUGUUCCAGAAGGAUCCUCUUGUGUCAAGCAGCUCGCUGGUGGGUGGAGUUCAGUUGGGCAAGUUCUUCCUGCUGGUUCCCCCUGAACUCGCUGAUAGCUCAUCAGGUGAACUCACCUUACACAUCCGUGUUGACAGACUGGCGCCAUAGAGAUCUCUCAGCAAGUAAUGGUGGACAGGGAAAUCUGGGUCACACAUAUGGGUUCCUUGCAACUAAUCUCAGCAAGUAGUUGUAUGCUCUUUAAUCACCACGGACUGAAGUAAGUAGGUUGAGUUUGGAAAAAAAUGUUUAGUUAUCUAGCUUGUUGUCUGUAAUGGUAGAAGUUAUCUGUCCAAACUCGAAACUCAUGAGUGUCAUGGUAGAAGUUAUCUACCCAAAUUCAUGAGUGUCAUGCUUGGCUUAAUAACCGGAGUACCAAUUGAAGCUCUUUCAACUUAGAACUCUACUAUUUGUCAUGUAUGAACAGUUAGUAAGAUG